CUCCUCUUCUGCCAACUCUGAGCCUGGGCUCUUUUCUCAGACGACUCCGUCUUUGCUUUGCACAUUAACAUCAAAUAUCAAGCGCUUGAACAAAAUACAUCUGGCCUUUUAACACGUGGAUUUAGUGCAGCAACAGUUCUUCAAAAUCCCCCAAAACAACAAACCGGCUAGUGUUUUAUAUAAAGAAAACUAAACAGACACUUUGGAAGUCGUUCUUUGUGGUGUUUUCCUGGACGUCGGCUUUCUGUGCAGUACAUUUUGGGAAUAGCUCGUUUUCAUCUUAUCUCAAGUUUGGAGUUACAGGUUUCAGACUGAUGUGAGUAAGGACUGCGUCAACAUCCGCAAAACUCCUCUUCUUUGUGUGCAUCCUCAGCAAAGGCUCUUUUUAGGGGAUAAUGUGAAUGGCCGUCGGCUUUCUUGAGGAUUGAUGUUUUUGCAGUAAGAAACGAUGACGAGUUCAGUAGUGAAAUUGUGUCUUGGCGUACUUUUCUUGGGACUUUUGUUGUUCACGCUUCCAUCUGCGAGAGCGCAAGAAGAUGUGGAGGAGGAGAGAUCAUGUCAGGGCGCCUUUGACUUGUAUUUUGUCCUUGACAAGUCAGGAAGUGUCAAACACCACUGGCACGAACUCUACACAUUUGUUGAACAUUUGGCUGAGAAAUUCACCAGCCCAAUGCUGCGAAUGUCCUUCAUCGUGUUCUCAACCAGAGGAAACACAAUCAUGAGACUCACGGAAAACAGGGAGACCAUAAGAAAAGGCCUUAAUGCUCUCAGACGAGAGAUCCCAGGCGGAGAUACAUUUAUGCAUCUUGGUCUAGAAAAGGCAAAUGAGCAAAUACACCAGGAAAACUUUGGAACUGCAAGUGUCAUAAUUGCACUGACGGACGGUGAGCUUCAAGAACAUCAGCUGAUAGCAGCUCAACAGGAGGCAGCACGAGCUCGGACAUUGGGUGCAAUCGUGUAUUGUGUCGGCGUUAAGGACUUCAAUGAAACACAGCUGGCUACCAUAGCGGACACCAGUAAGCAUGUGUUUCCGGUCUUGGGAGGAUUCCAGGCACUGAGAGGAAUGAUUGACUCGAUAAUCAAAAAAUCUUGCAUCGAGAUCUUGGCAGCGGAGCCAUCCAGCGUAUGUGCAGGAGAGUCGUUUCAAGUGGUGGUGAGAGGGAACGGGUUUCGACACGCCAGAAACAUUGACCAGGUCCUGUGCAGCUUCAAAAUCAACGACACAGUCACGCUCAAUGAGAAGCCUGCGAGCGUGGAAGACACGUUCUUGCUGUGCCCCGCGCCGGUUAUAGAUGAAGUUGGAAAGGUGGUGUACCUGCAAGUCAGCAUGAACGAGGGUCUGUCGUUCAUCACCAGCUCCGUUCACAUCACUACAACCGAGUGUUUUGACGGCACCAUCCUCCUGAUCACUCUGCUGGUGCUGUUUCUAUUGCUGGCUCUGCUGUUUAUGUGGUGGUUCUGGCCGCUUUGCUGCACUGUAGUGAUCAAGGAACCUCCACCUCCUCCACCUCCAGAGCCAGAGUCAGAUGAUGAGGAUGGGACGCCAAAGAAGAAAUGGCCCACGGUGGACGCCUCGUAUUACGGCGGUCGAGGAGUCGGAGGAAUUAAACGAAUGGAGGUUCGCUGGGGAGGGAAGGGCUCUACCGAGGAGGGAGCCAAGCUGGAAAAACCCAAAAACGCUGUCAUAAAGAUGCCUGAGCAUGAGUUCGAACCCUUUGAACCCAAGCCCAAGAAACCAGACCACAGGAAGCCAGCUCGAGACAGGAAGUGGUAUUCUCCCAUUAGGGGUAAACUCGACGCGAUCCUGGCUCUUUUCAGACGUGGAUAUGAUCAAGUUUCACUUAUGAGGCCACAGCCGGGAGAUCAUGGUCGAUGCAUUAACUUCCAACGAGUCAAAGAGGAGGCAGCGGCGGCCAAAGCUCCUCCUCGAGCUCAGAGCCCAGCUCCACCUCCUCCAGACUACCAGCCCGUCUCCAACCCCGUCAGCGCACCUCCGCCCGGACCUCCGCCCGCCCGCAUCCCACCCUGUCCCCCGCCGACCCGAACCCCGCCGAGACCCUGAGAGAAACAUCCAGCCCUCAGUGCAAUCCAUCCUACGGCCAAACCAAAAACUACACUUCCAUAAUGCACUUAAAGUGCUCUAUUUUCAC